GCAUCAGUUGGUUGAAAUUUAUGCACCCGUUCGGAAUCACAUCUCCCGUUGGUUGGCGGAUUGCUUUCUAGCCACCUGGCUGCCAGGCGGAAGGAAAAUUAACUCUACACCAUUGCCAUUGGCCAUCAUUGGUGGUGCUGCUAUCUUGUUGAAGAGUGAAGGAGGUGAAGAUUUUCCUUCGAUAUACAGGUUUUCUUUUUCUUUUUCCUUCUUUCGACGGUGUGCUAGCAGUCGCCAGGCCAGGUGCGUUACUGGCUUUUGGAUUUUUGUGGUGGGCAUAGCUGGUGAUUAGUGAUUAUGAUGAUUAUCCCAUGGUGAGCUGGACCAGAUUGGAGUGUUCGACUUUUUCGAAUGAGAAUAGAUCUACGAGGAUGUAAUAAAAAGUGAAAAUUCACCUGUUUCCCGUUUGGAUUUUUUCGCUGUGGUGCGGUGACAGAUUGCUGGUGUUGGUGUUGUGCUUUCCCGGGCCCUAUAUAUCUACUGUGCUGAUUGUGGGACGAAUGGAGGAAGUUGUUCCGGAAAAUUGCCACGAAUGAAAGAUUUGUCUUGUGCAAAAGGGCAAGUGUGGUGUGGUGAGCUGGUGAAUAAAUGAUAGCACUUUGUCUCCUCCAGAUCGGAAUUUUCGGAUGCUGAUUGAAUUUGGGAAGUAGUUUCCAUUGGUAAAUCUUUGGGUUUUUUUCGGUCUUUCGUGCCUGGUAUUGAGCAUUGCUGAGUGAGGGUUUGCGGCAACCUGUGUGAAGAAGCAUCAGCAACAGCAGACCAGACAGGCAGGAUUUGUGUGUGGGUGCCAGUGAUAAAGACAUUGGUAUGAAUUUUCCCAAGGAAUAGCCCCUCGUUCUCCGUUUACGAGUGCUGGUGAAUUAUUUACUAGUGGCGCAGAGUGCGUGAGAUUAGAGCAGCUGCUGGGAUACGAGGAAGAAUGUGGCAAUAACAUCUCAAUGAUAACAAUGUGAACAGUGAAUUCUUCUUCUGCUGAUGUGUAGCAAUAUUCUUCUGGGUACCACAUUACAAUCAUCUGACAGCGAGUGCUGAUUUUGAGCAAACACGCCAAGCUUUUAAGUCAGACCGUGCCAUUUUUACUGCUUGUGAGUCAGCAUCGAAAGAAAAAUCAAUCGAAUUCAACGAAACCGAUUGGCAACGGGGGCAACAAAAAAGAAAAAUUGAUAAAAUCGUGCAUAAAUCACUGGAUGAAUUAAAGAUUCGUCUGUCUCCGCGCCGUUCGAAACCAAGGAUGAAACGCUAGGCAAAGAAAGCAACAACAAAAAACUUGCGGCAGUACCGUACUAUUCGAAGAUAGGGUUUUUCUUGUGCGGGUUCGGGUCGUCCACCAGAUGAAUAAUAGCCGACAAAGUAAGAAAAAAUAAAUUCAAAAAUAUAUAUAUUUUCUCGCCGCAUGAGUGAGAGUGAGAAGUAGUGAAAAAUCGAAGAAAAUAUACGAGCAAUCGAAAGCGAAAACCUAGUUGUGAAAAAAUAAAAAAUAAGAAGGACGAAGAAUCACAUAAAAAAGUACCACAAAGUAUGUGUUUUCUAUGCGUUCGGAUCAAAACCAACUCGCAGUGGUAAAGGGCUGAUGUGAUGUCCAAGGGCGGCAAGUUUCAAGGGAAAAGGAAAAAUAGAAGAAAAACAGCAUAAAUCUAUGUUCAAGGAAACGCAGGCUUAAGAGAGUGAAUGAAGAAAAGGGAAAUUAGGAAAAUAUAAUUGUUAUUGAUCGGUGGAGCGCUUCGAGGUUCAACAAAAAGAAAUCUCAUUAAAGAGGUGAAAUACCAAAGUGAAGAAGUGAUUUCAACCGACCAAAUUCCGAAUUCGUUUUGAGGUCGUGCCAAUAGCACAUUUGCGUGAACGCCGAACCUAUAAUUAAUAAUAAUAAUACUAAAGUGUACAAAAGGAAAGCCCGCUCAAUCAAACGAGUCAAGGUGGUAGAAAUACUAAAGUGGCAACAAUUGUGUGUCGUAGUGUUGCUGCUGUUGCCUUCCUCGUGGCGCGGCUCAACUCAAUCGCCGUUCAAGGAAUUUAUGCUCUCGACGAAACGAGAAGAAGUAAGCCAAGCCAAGUAUAAAUCGUCAUCGCCAGGGAAUCCCCAAAAAUCCACCUUCGCCAAAAGCCAGCUAGCAGCUAGCCAGCCGGUGGUGCUUGAGUGCCAGUGAAUUUCCCUCCGUGCCAACGAUAAAAACGUGUGUUCAACAAGAGGCUAAAAAAGACGACAAAAACGAGCAUUUUUCCACACUCUUCCGUUCUUCAGCUCGAAACAAACCAAUUGAGGAAAAAAAUAUCUUCAGUGUGUCUGUGUGAGAAAUUUUCUGCCAGGAGAGCUGGUAUAGUGUUGGUAUAUACGUAUACAAUCAUAUAGAUACAGGCUGCUGGCUUUUGCUACUUCUGCUUCCGAAUACUCCCUCGAGAAGCAGUUUUUCCGAGAGCAACAUCACCAUCAUCGUCAUCCGAUGUUCUUCAAAGAGUGAAGAAGGAAGAAAAAAUAAAAUAAAACACCACGCUGACGCUUAGUGUGAUGAGUGGUGAUAUCGCAGAGGAUAUGAUUUCCACAGUUUGAUCUGACGAAAAAUAUGAGCCCGUGUAUUUCAAGAUCACCCUCGUAAGCCUCCUGCUGGUACUUUACAACGAUUCCGGUGUUUGGUUGAAGAAGACGGAAAUUCUCGAGCAGGAACAGGAACAGGAUCAACUACAGACAGCUGUAGACAGCUGAGAACUUUUUAUCCCAAUCCGUAAUUCUGGCAGCGAAAAGAAGCAACCGGCAACGGAUUCAUAAUCAUCGUUCCUGAGCUCCUCGUUUUGGAAUCGAAAUAGCUUCCGACAGACUUUGGAACCUUACCACCGUGUGCCGGACGAUUUUUUGUUUGAGUGAGGCAGAGAAAAAAAGGCGUGUUUUUUUUUACUUUUCCGAGGGCGUGGAUGUUUUCUAUUUUGUUUUUCCACGGACGUCUGUUUGUGGCUUCUGUGGUUUAGCACAAAAAAAAGUGUAUUGUGUUUCGGGUUCGGUUUCUUGCUUUUCUGCAAAAGGGAGUUGAAACUUGGCAGCCAUCGUUAGGGCUUAUGACGGCUUAAACUGAGAAGAGUUAUGCCCAUGUUAGACCUUUUGACUGCGAGUGUGGCGUAGAGGCUCAUUUUGGGGAGCCAAAAGAGAAAUAAAAAGGAAAUCGCAAAGCCCUACCGAUAGUGUCGAAGCAGGAAAAAUAACCUAAUAUGAGGUCCCGGCGAGGAAAAGCCUCUAGGUAACAAGCUAUUUUGUGUUGUGCGUGUGUUUGUACCCGAAGGACAAGCCUGGUGAGAUCUGUCCGAGAAUUUAAGAUCAAAUGUUUAGGGAUAUUGCGAGAGCUUAGUGAGGCUUGGUCUGUUGGCCACUGAAUGUUGUGUGUUGGUCCAGGACGUGGCAGCAAGAUGGAAAUGAUUAAUCAUCGCUACAGUGACACGAAAAUGUUGAACGUCGCUAGGAAGAAGGAGCGCUAAGCAAAAAAAAAGUGCUUGAGUUUUCUGCAACAUUAACAUCAAAAAGCUUGAUGUUUAAUAGCACCAACGAGAGAAAAAAAAUAUCGUCGUAAUGUUAAUCAGUCCAUAAAGUGCACAAAAGAAGAAAUCGUUAUUAGUGAGAGUGCUUACGCUAGACAGCAGACAUCAGCAAUUGGUCCUUUCUUAGCGGCAGCGAAGCCUAUCCUGGAAGUUCCGGGGAUUUAAAAUAUUGCCGCUCGCAGCAACCCCCUGGAAACGGAUUUGCAUAAGCUAAGGAAAGCUCGCAUCAGAAUGUCGGAAAAUGUAGACUAAGCAGAACUCAGCGGAAUUGGUGCUCCUCGUUAUUCGUCAUUCAUGCGCUUCGUUAAAAAUUAGGCCAAAUCAUUACGAUUAGCAGGCAGCCAAACUGAAGAAGCAGAAUUAAAAAAUAAAAAGCCAAGCUUAACCCAACGCAAAGCUGAGAUUUGUUUUCCUUCUUGUUGGGCCUUGUCGUGUCUUUGCUGACAGAGCGUUUUUUUUCUGCGCUUUUUCAUCUCUUCCAGCAGCCUAUUAUUAUCUUGCACUGAAAAUCCCCGAGCACACACAAAGCACAUACAAUUAAAAAGCGAAGCUGAAAAUAUUUCUACUGACGCGUAAAGCGUUCGUUCCCAGUUGUCGGAAAUAUCCCGGAAAGAAAGACCUCGACGGAUGUCAUAAUUGGAUUUAUUACCCGGUGCGAGAAAAAAAAACACCCCACCUAGGGGACUCAACGGGAGGGUUUGGCUCAAUAGAGUAAAGGUCAUCCCGGACAGGCUAGAACAGGUCCCGCGGCCAUAGUCUCAGCCGGUGGCCCCAACGCGUUCCUGAAGUAGCACACGCAGAGAGUCCUAUUCUCUUGAGGUACCAUUGAAAAAUUCCUCCGAAUAGUAUGGCUUCGGUCGCCGCUUGGUUGCCAUUCGCACGGGCGGCGGCCAUCGGGUGGGUCCCUAUAGCAUCCCACCCACUCCCAGCACCGCCAGUAUUCAAAGACCGCCUACGCUCCGAGGAUGAGAAACUUAUUAUCAACGUUUCUGGCCGACGCUUCGAGACAUGGCGGACGACGGUCGAAAAGUACCCGGACACAUUGCUCGGUUCCAAUGAGCGCGACUUUUUCUACGACGAGGAUAGCAAGGAAUAUUUUUUCGAUCGUGAUCCAGAUAUCUUUAGGCACAUAUUAAACUAUUAUCGCACCGGAAAACUACACUACCCACGACACGAGUGUUUGCUCAGCUACGAUGAGGAACUAGCAUUUUUCGGGAUCAUGCCGGACGUGAUCGGAGACUGCUGUUACGAAGACUACCGGGAUCGAAAGCGCGAAAACGCUGAACGACUGAUGGACGACAAACUGUCGGAGAAUAGUGAUAAUAAUCUACAACAGCUAACCAACAUCAGGCAACGGAUGUGGCGAGCAUUCGAGAAUCCACACACUUCCACUGCCGCCCUCGUGUUCUACUAUGUUACGGGCUUCUUCAUUGCUGUAUCUGUGAUGGCCAACGUCGUCGAGACGGUUCCUUGUGGUCUUCGGCCAGGCCGCGCCGGAACUCUCUCGUGUGGCGAACGGUAUAAAAUUGUAUUCUUCUGCUUGGAUACGGCAUGCGUUAUGAUAUUUACAGCCGAAUAUUUGCUUCGGUUAUUUGCUGCCCCGAAUCGGUGCAAAUUUGUGCGAAGUGUGAUGAGUAUCAUCGAUGUGGUUGCCAUCCUACCGUACUACAUCGGUCUAGGAAUCACCGACAACGACGAUGUGUCCGGUGCUUUCGUAACGCUCAGAGUGUUCCGGGUGUUCCGAAUCUUCAAGUUCUCUCGCCAUUCGCAAGGUCUUCGAAUCCUUGGCUACACGCUCAAAUCGUGCGCCUCCGAGCUGGGUUUCCUGGUGUUUUCGCUGGCGAUGGCCAUCAUCAUCUUCGCCACGGUUAUGUUCUACGCCGAGAAGAACGUACACGGUACGAACUUUACCUCCAUUCCGGCGGCGUUUUGGUAUACAAUUGUCACAAUGACAACGUUAGGUUACGGUGAUAUGGUGCCAGAGACAAUAGCCGGUAAGAUCGUGGGCGGAGUCUGUUCGCUUAGCGGUGUGUUGGUCAUCGCGUUACCUGUACCUGUUAUUGUGUCGAACUUCAGUCGCAUCUACCAUCAGAAUCAGCGGGCGGACAAGCGAAAAGCACAGCGGAAAGCACGUCUCGCACGAAUACGAUUAGCGAAAGCGGGCGCUAGUGCGGCGUUCGCGAGUAAGAAGAAGGCUGCCGAGUCGCGGCUAGCAGCGCAGGAGUCUGGCAUCGAACUGGACGACAACUACAACGAUGAAGACAUCUUCGAGCUACAGCAUCACCAUCUGUUGAGAUGCUUAGAGAAGACUACGGACCGGGAGUUUGUAGAGCUAGAGACUCAGUACAACGGCCAAACGAAGCGGCCCGGAUCGCCGUCCCCGAUGGCCAGUCCCUCCCAUUCGGCCAACACGGCCACUGGGCCAACCGGUCUGCUCCAGUCCUGCUGUGGCCGCUGCUGUUCCCAGCGAUAUCAGCCUGAUCUAUGAUUGGAUUUUCAGAUACAGAACUACACUUCUGCAAACCAAUGAUGUCAGGAGGACGAUAUUCCGCUGCGGGAGCGAAAAAAGUCUUAAUAAAUUCCGGCCGCCAGCUUGAGUCAAUGAAUGUUGUUGUUGUUGUUAUUGAAAAUGACCUGAGGCCGCCUUCGAGCAUCGGAGGAACGUGAGCUAGUAGCAGCAGCAGCAGCAGAAGUAGCAGUGGAACGGCCCCCACUUCUCAGGAUCUUCCAGAAUGUCUAGGCACUUCCGGGGAUUCUUCGGACGGAACCAAUUUCGGCUCCCCAGCCAGCAAUAUCUGUAUCCAGUUUAAAACGAGAGAAAGAAAGAGAGAGAACGAAUGCGUGUGAGUCCUAGGACGGAUGAAUGUGAAACUUGUUGAAUCUAAAAAUCGUGAGUUAAAGUAGUGUGUCUAGUCCAACAAACAAAAAAAAAAACAAGUAAACUGAAGCAAAGAAACAUCAAACAUCCCGUCGCCAUUUUCGUGUUAGUAUAUAUUUGAAGAGAAUGAAAAAAAUAUACCCUAGAUAGAUUUAAUGUCCAUAGUUGAUCCCUGCGCUGUGCAGCAUCGAUCUUCCGGAAAUCUAAAACCAAACACAGGAAAAUUCAUCAUUCAUCCAGACAACCCUCGUCAUUAUCAUCACACAGUCACUUUUUGGGUUGCCGGAGAAAAAAAAGCACCUAAGGAUAGAUUAAAAAUUACCAAUUAUAGAUGUACAGUGUUAUUCUUUCUACAACUCAAAUGACGAAUUGCAAAAACAAAACAAAAGGGUAGUAAACUAGAAGCAAAGUAAUAAAAGAAAGCAAAAAGAGAAUUAUAAAACAACCAAUUUAUAGCGAAAUCAAACCAACAACAAUUCGUAUGAACAAACAACACUAGGGUAGCAAUUAAAUUUAGUUUAGUUAUUGAACGAACCUAGUCAAAAUAACUAAAUCUCAAAACCCAUAACCUAUAUCUGAUUCUGAUGGAUUUAAACCGUUUAACAAAUCAGUCCAAUCCAGCUCACUACGGAUUCGGAAGGGUAAAAGUGAAACAUAGCUUUAACAACAACAAAUGAAUAAAUCGACUACUUACUCUAUUGAUCCAAUACUUACUAAACACACAAAAACGUGAAAUUAUGACCUUUGUUCCAAAAAAAAAAAACAAAAUUAAACUACCAAUCUCUCAUGUAUAUCAUUGAUGAAACGUGUUAAUGUUCUUCUUAACGAAAAAAAACAAAUAUUCUCAAAGAGAGCGCGAAAAAGUCUUGUCCGUUACUUUCUCUCGUCGUGUACACACAUACAGUCACAACUACACACCCUAAAACACAAACACACGCAAAUAAUCACGCAUCAACAAAAAAACAACAACAACAAAACUCUAUUAGACAUAUGUUACGUAGUAAGUGAACUCUCGUAUGCAACAACGGCAUAGACAGAACAAAUCAAAAUCCCAGAAAUUUGAAAGAUGAAGAAAAAAACUAAUAGGAAAUAUCACAUAUCAAGUGGCAAGGGGUGGCUGGUGCGUGUGAAUGUAUUUUUGUGUAGUUUUGAAUUAGCUAACGCCAAGCAUCUCGCGUCAAGCUUAAUUGUUAGCCAUCUGAAUGACAUUUCUCUUAGGACGCCACCUAUUGUCGAACUCUAGCAAUUUGGAGGACAUCAAUGCAUUGCAUUGGUAUGAAGAUUCUCUAACAACAUUUUGAGGUGCCAUCCUUAAAUUCAGUUCAAUAUAACACAACACUGUUUAUGUUCUUUAUAUUUUCGAUAAAAGUGUUUAUAAUGUUCAACAAUCUACAGAUUUUUAAUUUAGGAAUUGUUUAAUCAAAACUUCUCUUUUUUCCUCUUUCUGGAAAUCACGAUAUUUUGUUUUGAUUAUUCAACAUUCUUCUUGAUUCCAAAUUGUAGUAUUAUAUUUGAAUUUUGGUUCCAAAUACUAUUAAUUAACGAUCGUUAAUCUUGAAACAAAUUUUCAUUUAAAAUCGUAUUUCUGCAUACUGAUAUAAGUUCUUGAAUGUUUCUGUUGCUUAAGGGGGGGGUAGGGUCUAACACUUUCAAAAAAUCGAUUUUUUUUAUUUUUUUAUUUUCUUAUUGUAAAACAUUUCAAGAAUGUUGUGUCAAAUUUUCAAGUCAAUUGAAGCAAAACUGUAGAAGUUAUAGGCCUUUAUCUCCUGAAAACUACUUAUCCGAUUCUUUUCAAAUUUGGAACAUAUUUUCUACAUAUAAAAUACCAGACCCCAACGUUUUUCUUUUUCGAUUUUUUUACUUUGGGGAGAUUUUACAGGUGAAAAAUGGCGGAUUUUUAAGCGAAAAAUCGUAGUUUUUACUUCAAACAGUCACAAAAAUUUCAUAAAAAUAUUUUUAAGUUAAAUAAAAACGUUGGGGUCCAGAAAAACAUCUAUUAAAAAUAUUUUGCUCUGAUUUUUUGACUUCAGAUGAUUUUGUGCUGAGAUACAGUGUCCACCGCAAAUCCUGUUUUCUAAAAGGCAUCCUCGAAAGUGCUCCGUCACCGGCUCAUUUUUCAAUAUUUUUCUACGAAAAAAUUACUAAAUGUUCUUUUAACAAUGCUUUGUAUAACGCAAAAAAUUUGAAUACAUUUGUUUGAACGAUAGCUCUAGAAAAAAAUCGUGAAAAUUGUGUUUUUUUAUACCCGUUAGACCCUACCCCCCCCUUAAAGAUAUUAUUUUAAAUCUCGAACCUAGAAACCAUUUCACAUUCUGCUGAGGAUUGGAAACAAUUCAAUCCAUUUUAAAAGCAAGUUAAUGGGUAUUUGUUCUAAUAAGAAAAAAAUGACGUAUGAAAUUAGCUCAAACCAGACAAAGAUUAAAAUUCAAACGCGUUGCUGGCUGAAAUUCAAAAGUUAUUUUGUCAAUUCAUUCUUAAAAUCUCCUACCUUUGAAACGCAUUCGACAAGGUAUGAAAACAUUAUUUGAUUUAAAAAAUGGGUCGAGAAGAUCUUCUGCUGAAAAAUUGUAAUUAAGCCCUCUAAAGCUCUUUUUUUUAGUUUCAUGAUCUCAAAACUUUUGUUCUACGAAUAAUUUUAUCAAUGAAAAAAAAUGUUUGAAUUUAUUACAUAAAUUGCAUAACCACAGGGGCUAAAUAUCUUUCUUACUAUCUUUCUGAUUGUAAUUUUUUCAUACUUCACCCUUUUUUCCUUAAUUGUAACCCAUAUGAGGCUGCCUUCAUAGCUGUAUUUAUUCAAAUGUUUAGUCGAAUUGUUCCACACCUGAGAUAUUUUAUAUUCCAUCUCUUCUACCUUACGAAGAUGGUUGUAACUCUUAAGCCUCACUGCAAAUAAUUUUUAAAGCUGCAAAUCACUUUUUAAAAUUUUCCCUGUCAUUAAGCCUCUCUUAGUAGUAGCUUUUCAAACAUUUCCCAUUAGUAUGGAUUUUAAAAUUAACAAGUUUUGAAACAUUUUGCGCAGAAAGUUUGUUAAACUUAUGAUUGGCUAUGGUUUAAUGCCGAUUUAAGAAUGCCCCGUCUUAAGGAGGAGUUGGGAAUUUGAGGAUUCUUUUCAUUCUCAAAGAAAACAUUUAACAGUUCAAAUAACCAACUCAUGGCAAACACAAUCUGCAAUUUGAGCUCACAACGCGUUUGAUUAUUGCUCUCAUUUUUUUUUCCUAGAUUUAUUCAAACAUAAGAAACCAAGAAAUUAGGCAUCAACAUCUUAGAUCGGAUACAUUCCACGCACCAGAACAUCUUGAUGUAGUUGCACCGAAAAAUCUUGUCGCAACUCUAGUGAAAACUCAGCCAUUAUCGGAUUUCCAUGUGAUUUUAGUUCGCAGUGUGUUUUACACUUUGUUCAACUCUUUAACGUAUUGUAAAAUCUUCCAAACAAAUCUGUGAAUAAAAAAGGAAAGAAAUUAUUAGUGUAAAUUUAUACGAAGCUUUAUCGUUGUUUAAUAACUGAGGAAACUUUUUUAGAAAAGAUGAAAAGCAGAAAGAAAAUAGAGGUUAAACGACAAAUACAAAAAGAUAACAAUAAAUGGAUGUUAUGAUAUUGAGUCAGAUAAGUUAGUAAAGCAACAACUGAAUUUUCUUAUAAGUGUAAAACGAGUUUACAGAAUGAUAGCGUAUUUUAAAUAACCUUACAAGCCGGGAGUGGAAAAACCAGAAAAACAAAUGAUAAAAUGUGAACAAAACAACAGAAUCUAGUUUUAUCAACGUAGUUUAGAGAUGAACUAUUCCAUUAAACGGAAGUCAAAGUCGGGUUCAACCGUCUGCAAAAAACAACUAGGAAACAAUAGCAAAAACAAACAACCACACUGUAAAAGUUCUGCAAUUUACUAGCAUUAUGAAAAUGGAAACGAAUUAUCUAGCGAAACAAAAAAAAAAUCGUAAUGAAAGUGAAACCAAUUUUAAAUACGUUGCAACUUGUUACUAACUUUGAUCUUCAAAGCAAAUAGCGAACCGUAUAAAAGCAAAUGAAAAAAAAGAA